GAGUUUAAACACAAAUUAACACCGGUUUGCGGUUUGCAUGAUCUGACUGUCACGGAUCGGGUCAAAAAGAUCCGGCACCCACCUAGGUCAGAGUUCUAAACCCUUGUGUUGUGUCGGGGGUUGCUUCACCGGACGAGAGAGACAUAUCUCGAGCAGGGAGAAGCUGAUUUAGGCUGCUUCACCAUGGCUUUCCUUUUUCGGAAAUUUCAGGAGGCAGUAAAAGCUCUUGCAAAGAAUCGUUCAAUUUCUAGGGAUCCAAGGCACCUUCAAUUUGAAGCAGAUAUAAAUAGGCUUUUUCUGUAUACCAGUUACAAUCGGCUAGGAAGAGAUGCUAGUGAAGCAGACAUAGAUGAGAUCAUAGAUAUGACUAAGAAGGCACCUUUCACUGAUCAACAGAAGCAAGUUCAGGAAAAUAUUCAUUCUCAGGUUAACGCGUUUUGUACGCGAAUGGAUGACAUUCUUCUUCCUGAUCACAAGGGCAAGAACGCUCCUCUUGAUUCACAGACAAAUACUGCUCCGAUUCGUAGUGGUCUUAGUCUUGCUGUUGGCAGACAUCCAAGCAUUGCGCCAGGUCAUAGACCUAGUAACACAGCUGUAGCUGAUACAAAGCCUCUGAAACGUGAGGAACUGUCAAAGAGAUUAAAGGAUUUGGUAGGCUACAAUGUUGUGAUAAAGCCAUCUGAAAUUCCACAUAAGGAAGCCGGCCUAGGUUUAUUUGUAGAUGGUGAAGCUGACGUGGGAGAUGUAAUAGCAUUUUACCCUGGUCUAGUUUACUCUCCAGCUUAUUACCGUUAUAUUCCUGGAUAUCCAAGAGUUAAUGCAAACAAUUCUUACCUUAUCACACGCUACGAUGGAAAUGUGAUUAAUGCCCAGCCAUGGGGGGUUGGUGGUGAAUCUCGUGAGCUAUGGGAUUGGUCAACCAGCUCGUUUCCAGUAUCAAAAGACAACAAUGAUAUGAAAGGGUCUGACCGAAUAUGGAAGAUGCUCAGUAAGCCUCUGGACCCGACACGAACAACAGGUGCUGGUGAUAUUCUGGAGCUUCGAAAUCCUCUUGCAUUUGCUCACUUUGCGAACCACCCUGGAAAAGAUAUGAGCCCAAAUGUAAUGGUUUGUUCUUAUGAUUUCCCGUUAAGUGAGGUGAAGAUGAGGCCUUAUAUACCAAAUGUAGCGUUUGGUGGCGGCAGAGAAGAAGUAAAAAUGAAGAAGUAUGGUACUUUCUGGUUUAAGUCUUGGGGUGGUGGUGGUUCGGAUGCUCCUCCUCCUCCGAGUCUUAAGAGUAUUGUACUUGUGGCAACGAGGAAACUUUGUGGAGAGGAAGUGCUUCUCAAUUACAGACUCAGUAACUCGAAACUACGACCUUCUUGGUAUACUCCAGUAGAUGAGGAAGAAGAUCGAAGAAGGUGGAGUUAAAUAAGAUUUUUAUCUUUGAAUAUUUUCUUUCUUUCUUGUGUUUAAUGCUUUAAAUGUGGUAAUUUUUUAAGAAAUAAAUACAGUAGGUGGAUUGAUUUUUGACAAUUACAAUUAACAAUCACCUUAUAUUUUUGCCAAUUUUUUUUCAAUGUUGUCUAUGACAAGUUGACACUAUAACAUGUUUUUUCGGUGCAAAAUUAGUUAAAAGUCAAGCCUACCUUGAUUUUCCUUUUUAUUAUGACGUUGCUUCCUUAUAAUAAUUGCUCAUCAAUUAAGAUGGCAUUAUAUUUUGCA